UCUAAACCGGUUGGUCGGGCCGGUCUAGAAAUAUGGAUUCUGGGCCAUAAAUAAAUGAUUGCUGGUAGUUGGCUUUGGAAACAUUUGACAUAUUCUGCUACUCCAACCACUGAUAUUACUCUUUAACGGUACACUGGUCCACACUAGAUUCCUUCCUUCUUCCAAACACACCGUUAAAUCUUCUCUCUCCUCUCUCUCUCUCUCUACAUAUAUAUAUAUAUAAAUAUUAUUAUUUGUUCCUGUUGUAUUGGCCGGCCGAUUAUCUGCUUCGGCACGCUCGAAGCCGUCGGAAUUUCCAUCUCAGAUGUGGGCUUAACAGGUUCAGUAAUCUUUUAUCUUGGACCUGGUUUAUUGCCAAAGGAUUAAAUAUUAACGAGACGAAGAUGGAGAUAAGCCAGUCCCUCCAAUCUAAGCAUUUCCCGUUGACCCCGUUCAGGAUUUUUAGGGGUCUGCUAUGUUUAGCAAUUUAUCUCACAACCGCGUUUAUGUUCUUAGUGUAUUUUGUACCCCCAGUUGCCGUAAUCCUACGCUUGUUCAGUGUACGUUACAGUAGAAAAUCCGUAUCCUUCUUGUUUGGCCUAUGGCUUGGUCUAUGGCCGUUCUUGUUCGAAAAAAUAAACAAAACGAGAGUUAUCUUUUCCGGUGACAAAGUUCCGGUAGAGGAGCGUGUCUUGAUUAUAACCAAUCACAGAACCGAGGUCGACUGGAUGUAUCUGUGGAAUUUCGCACUAAGGAAAGGAUGUUUGGGGUACAUCAAGUAUGUGCUGAAAAGCAGUUUGAUGAAAUUGCCGAUUUUUGGAUGGGGGUUUCACAUAUUGGAGUUCAUCCCGGUCGAGAGAAACUGGGAACUUGAUGAAUCGGUCAUGCGCCAGAAGCUUUCGACCUUUACCAACCGGAACGAUCCGUUGUGGCUUUCUGUUUUCCCUGAAGGAACAGAUUAUACAGAACAGAAGUGUAUAAAAAGUCAGAAGUUUGCUAGUGAAAAUGGAUUGCCGGUACUGAAAAACGUGUUGCUUCCGAAAACAAGGGGUUUCAAUGUUUGCUUGGAGAUCCUGAGGGGAUCGUUGGAUGCAGUUUAUGACGUGACUAUAGCAUACAAGAACCAGUGCCCUUCUUUCCUGGACAACGUAUUUGGUGUGGAUCCUUCCGAAGUACACAUGCACGUAAGAAGAAUCCCUCUCGACGAAAUCCCGUCAUCCGAAAGUGGGGCCGCUACUUGGUUGAUGGAUGAAUUCGUAUUAAAGGAUCAGCUUCUUACCGAUUUCAUCGUAAACGGCCAUUUCCCAAACCAAGGAACAGAGCCGCAACUUUCGACAGUGAAAUGCGUGGCUAACUUUGCAGUUGUUAUCGCGCUGACCUGUCUUUUCAUUUUUCUUACGUUUUUCUCGUCACAUUGGUUUAAAGUGUAUAUAGGUUUAGCUUGUGCGCACGCAGCAUGUGCUGCUUAUUUCAAUAUCGGACCGAAUCCCGUGGUCGAAUCUGACGAGACUAUACGAGGUAGGGCCAAAACAUGUUAAAAUUGUUGGAUUUUUUUUGUUAACAGAGUUGGUUGGUUUGUAUGUAUGGUUGAUCUGAAUUAGGUUUAGGUUUCAUUUGUUUUUCAAACAUAGUUCUGCUACAUUAAAUUGUAUAAAUAUGUUUGUACAUGUUGGCCAGCUUUUGGAUAUUAUGUUUUACAAAAUUAAA